CAUUACCACGUUACCCGGUUGACGCCGCGCAGCAGGAAGAGUGAUGCGUCAUCACGUACGGCGGUCCCGGAUGUUACGUCGCGGCGCAGGGCUCUGUGUGUGAUGACGUUAGCGCGCGGCUGUCGUUGUGGGCUGAGGUCAACCGGCGAUUGACCUGGGCAGAGCUUCGUCGUCAGGUUUAGGUACCGCCUGGCGAAGGCUGACCGAUUCCCUCCUGCUCGAGAAAUAUCCAAGCGAGCAUUUGUUUAAAAUCUCUGGCGGCAACCCGAGGGCUGGGUUGGGUUAGGUUGAACGUAUUAGUGUGAUGGCGUCCUUGGAGCGGGUGAAGGUGCUGGUGUUGGGGGAUUCAGGAGUUGGGAAAUCAUCUCUUGUCCAUUUGUUGUGCCACAACCAGGUGUUGGGAAAUCCAUCGUGGACAGUUGGAUGCUCAGUUGAUGUGAGGGUUCAUGAUUAUAAAGAAGGCACGCCAGCUGAGAAAACCUAUUACAUCGAACUUUGGGAUGUUGGUGGAUCUGUGGGCAAUGCCAACAGUAUUAAAAGCACUAGAGCUGUGUUUUACAACUCUGUGAAUGGUGUAAUAUUAGUGCACGACUGUACAAACAAAAAGUCAUCCCAGAAUCUCUACAGGUGGUCAUUAGAAGCUUUAAAUAAGGAUUCAUCUCCUACUGGAGUCAUAGUGACGAACGGGGACUAUGAUCGUGAACAGUUUGCUGAUAACCAGAUUCCGUUAUUGGUCAUUGGUACUAAGUUGGACCAAAUUCAUGAAACUAAAAGGAAUGAGGUUUUGACAAGGACUGCAUUCUUGGCAGAAGAUUUCAAUGCUGAAGAAAUUAAUCUGGAUUGUACCAAUCCACGAUAUUUGGCUGCAGGUUCUUCCAAUGCUGUGAAACUGAGCCGUUUUUUUGAUAAAGUAAUAGAAAGGAGGUAUUUUUCACGCGACGGUAAUCAGAUUCCUGGUUUUGCUGACCGAAAGCGAUUUGGAGCAGCAGGCACAUUGAAGGUUCUUCAUUAUGAUUGAGCAGAAUUGCCAGUAAUUUGCACGUAUGACAGCAAAUGCUUUCUGCUCAGCUCACGACAUCACACACUGAUUACACAGUUAAAUAUUUGGGAGAAUUUUCUUUAAGGAAUGGUUUCUUACUUUCUCUUUUUCUAUAAAAGACAGUGAAGAUUGAGCAGUAUGAGGUUGUUGAUACAUAAAUAUGUUUCCAUAUAUUUGGUGGCACAGAAAUCAAGUAUUGCUGAAAAAGGAGACUUUUUUUUUUUUGAAGCUUUUUGUGAUUUGCCUUGAGACAGCAAUGCAUUGACCAGAAUCAAUCUGCCUGAUUUUAAAUUUAAACAAUGUUUGAUAGUUAACUAUCAAUCAUCAUCUAACUGGUGCAUUUCCAUGGCACAGUCUCUACAUACUUUUGUAACGAAAAACAGGAAUGGA